AUGGUGUCUGUCAAGGUUCUUCUUGUUGUUGCUGCCAUUAAGGGUUGGUCUCUUAGUCAAUUAGAUGUCAAUAAUGCUUUUCUUCAUGGAGAUUUGGAUGAAGAGGUGUAUAUGGCUCUUCCACAGGGGUUUCACAGCCAGGGGGAGGUUGUUUUCUAUGUAGAUGAUGUUUUGAUAGCUUGCAAUGACAAGGCUGAAGUGGACAAGUUUAAAAUCAUGCUGGAUGAUAAGUUCAAGCUUAAGGAUUUGGGUAAUUUGAAAUAUUUCCUUGGUUUGGAAGUUGCAAGAUCAGACAAAGGAAUUGCCCUUUGUCAACGGAAAUACACCCUUGAGCUGCUCAAUGAUGCUGGUCUAUUGGGCUAUAAGUGUGCUAAGACCCCUAUGGAGCACAACUUAAGACUUAGCAAGUUUGAAGGAGAAGAACUUAAAGUUCCCAGUCAUUACAGAAGGCUUGUGGGCAGGCUCUUGUACUUAACAAUUACAAGACCUGACAUCACAUUUGCUGUCCAUAAACUCAGUCAGUUUAUGUCCAAGCCAAGGAGACCCCAUUUGGAUGCAGCACAUAGAGUGUUGCAGUAUUUGAAAGGUGAACCGGGCAAAGGACUUAUGUUUUCUUCCAACACAGACUUGCAUUUGAAAGGAUUUGCAGAUGCAGAUUGGGCUGCAUGUCCUGACACUAGGAGAUCCGUGACUGGCUAUAGCAUCUUCAUUGGUGAUUCUUUAGUAUCUUGGAAAUCCAAGAAGUAG